CUCUGCGGUGCUGACGGGGAUCGUAAUGGCCGGGGCCGGCCCUCCCGCCCCGCGGAGACCGGCCGGCCCUCCCGCCACCACCUCCUCCUCCUCCCCCGAACAUCCUGGGCAUGACGACGAAGACGCAGAGCACCAGCACCACCGAGACCACCGCCUGCUGCGGCGCCCACAGCGCCAUGGCGGCCGCCGCCACCUUCCUGCCAACGAGCCGCCCGCCCGCCGCGAAGGAGAGGCGCCUGCCCGGCUGCCGCUCACCUCCCCGGCCGCGCAGCGCCCCCCGGCGGGCUCCAGGCGCCGCGCCGCUCUGGGGCUCGGCGGGCGGUUCCCGGGCGAAGGUUCUGGAAGGGGCGGGACGGGACCUCCUCAGGCGGGACCCCCCUCAGGCGAGGCCCCGGCAGCCGGAGCCAUGAGGCCGUGGGCGGCGGUGGCGGCGGCCCUGUGGCCAGUGCUGAGGGCUGCAGCUGGGCCGUUGCCCACCGUUCCGAGCAUCACGGAUAAGACCUUCAUCGAGGACUGCGUGCGCACCCACAAUGACUUCCGCGCCGAAGUCCAGCCAGCCGCCAGCAACAUGCGGUACCUGACUUGGGAUGCAGCUUUAGCAAGGACUGCAAGGGCAUGGGCAAAUAAAUGCAUUUUUAAACAUAACGUAUACUUAAAUGAGAAACAUCAGUGCCAUCCUAAUUUCACAUCUGUUGGAGAAAAUAUUUGGGUUGGAAGUCAUCAAGCAUUCCGUGUUGCUGAUGCCAUUAAAAUGUGGUAUGAUGAGGUCAAAUUCUACAUUUUUGCAAUGCAGAAAUGCACCAAGACUUGCAGUCAUUACACUCAGGUAGUUUGGGACGAUUCAUAUAAAAUAGGAUGUGCUGUUACUCUAUGUAAACAAGUUGCAGGAAUACAAAAUGCAGCAAAUUUUAUUUGCAACUAUUCACCAAGUGGUAAUUUACCAAGAAGACCGUAUAUAGAAGGAAGAUCAUGCAGUAAAUGUGCAAAAGGGGACACCUGUGAAAAUAAACUGUGUAGAAAUCCAGAACGCGAUAAAAUUAUCUCUUAUCCAAGAUGGCAUCCCCCUUGGGAGUUCAGCUUUCUAUGCGAUGAGGCUUGUAUUGCUGUUGUAGUUUUGAGGGCAUCGCUGAUGUUCCUUGCUUUUGUAGCUGUUUAUUUUAUCAAAAAACACUUUACAAACAUGCAUAUGUCCACCUAACUGGAUUUGAAGCAUACUAUCUAAUGAAGAUACUCGCUAAUGCAUUAAGCAAAAAGUCAUACUGACAUGACUUUAGAGACAACUUUCUUUGACAGUAAUUUUGUUGCUAUUAUUUUAUGCUCCUUAGAGAAAGUUAACAUGCCAAAAAAAAAUGAAAUUAUAUGGGGGUAAAACCCAUACUGGGAAAAUACUAAGCUAAAGAUGGUAUCUCAUAAGGUUUGGACACUUACUUUUAAAUACCAAAUUUCCUGUAACUGUGACAUACUCUAUUCCUGGAAUUCAAGGAGAAAAGUAUGUGUCAAUUAACCAACUAUUAAAGUUCAUACUAAGCCAAUAUUUGAAAUCACAAUUGUUUAAUUUAGAUGCUGAGAGAAAGCUAGCAUCAUAGUAUGUACUCGGUCCUGUUCUCUAGCGUGACAGAAUGUUCUGAAUAAAAUAUAUAAAGUAAGAAAAUUUGAUAGAAAGAUGGUUCUUGAGAAGUCUUGAUGUUUGUAAAGUUAGUAUAACUUGAUAUUUAUAAGGUAAUGCAUUUAUUGCUCUUCAUUUAAAGUGUGACACUUUAGAUUUAUUAUUAAGUAUUUUGUUCCUAGCUACCUCUAAACCCAGUGAUUAAUUUUAUUGUUUUCUUUCUUGUUUUAACACGUACCGUUACUUAGCAUACCCUAUUUUCCUGUUUUGUAAGUG